GAAUCAAAAGCAACAACAGUUCAGUCCAGGUUAUGACUCUCAGUGUGUCUCUCUCGGUAGGUUGUGCCCAUCAAAGGGAGGGUAUCAAUAAAGCAACGUGAGGGUCACAAAUACGCCACUGUCAUGUCUUACCCCAGACAAAAAACAGCAGAAAAGUAUCUAGCUACCUUCCUUUUCUUCCUAGGCCAAAUAUUCCCUGUCAGCCCCCUGAAACAACACCCAUCCACAUUUUAUCAGCAGUAGUUUUCAAGAAAAAAUGAGAGGGUGUCAAAUACCUCAGCGUAUGCGCCACUUAUUAAAUCUGAGAAUCACUGGCAUAUACCUGGGAUAAAAGGAACUAAGGAUAUUGCAAUGGGUCAGACAUCCAUGCUCAUUAUGCAGUUCUUGCCAUCUUGUUAAUAAGUAAUCUGAUUAAUCUGACAGACACCAAUAUCUUGUUAAGCUCCUUAGAGUCUGGUUAACACCUGGCCAUGCCUGUUCCUGCACUGCCUGGGCUUUUAAAGUUUCUCAGUAGACUGCACAGUGUGCAAACACUAGUUUUACAACUGUAGUAGCAACCUGCAAAAACAGAAGGCAGGAAGAUAAUAUUUGACCUUCAUUUACGUUUUCAUUAUAGGCCCCAGUCCUGCGAAGACCCCUGUCAGUGACCAUCUCUGUGCCCUGGGUUGGCUUCCAGGAUCAGAGGAAGGAUCACGGUAUUUUGGCUGGAGUGCUCAGCUUCAAGACUUCGCUUUAUUCUUCACAACUUGGAGGGAUAUGAAGCCAGUCGGGAAAGUGCUUUGUGCUACAGGGAUUGUAGCUGGGCUUCUAGCUUUCUUCUGGAAAGACCCUUUUAACGCAGAGAGCUUAUCUGGUGCCCGUGUUCUGCUGACUGGAGCCAGUGCUGGGAUUGGAGAGCAGAUGGCAUAUCAUUAUGCCAGAUUUGGUGCUGAAAUUGUUUUGACUGCUAGGAGGGAAGCUGUGCUGCAGAAGGUGGUGGAGAAAUGCCUGAUGCUUGGAGCAAAGAAAGUAUUUUAUAUUCCUGCAGAUAUGUCUUCCCCUUCAGAGCCUGAAAGGGUGGUUCAGUUUGCUGUCCAAAAGCUGGGGGGACUGGAUUACCUGGUAUUGAACCACAUUGGCGUGACCCGUUUCCAAAUGUGGGCUGGAGAUGUGGAAUACACCCGCUGGCUCAUGCAGGUGAAUUUCUUCAGUUACGCAGCACUUGCAACAGCAGCUCUUCCCACCCUGGAGAAAAAUGAAGGCUCUCUGGUGGUAGUUUCUUCCCUCACAGGGAAAAUACCCACUCCCUUCACCACUUCUUAUUCUGCCACCAAGUUUGCACUGGACGGAUUCUUCAGCUCACUGCGUCACGAACUCAUCAUGCAGAAGAGAAACAUCUCUAUCACACUGUGCAUCCUGGGCCUGAUUGAUACUGAUACAGCAUUAGAGAAUAUCAGGGGCAAAGUGCACCUGACUGCUUCUCCUGCUCCUGAAGCUGCACUCGCCAUCAUCCGGGGGGGUGCCAUGCGGGUACAGGAGGUUUUCUACCCAUGGUGGCUGCAGCACGUGUGCUGCCUCUGGGUUUUGUUCCCCAAUAACCAGAUUUUACAGAGUUACUAUAACUACAGCAGCCCUUGAGGGAUGCCCAGUCUCCUCUCCCAUCCUGCAUCCUUUGUUAUCACCCUCGUCCCACUCAAGCAGUGGUGUCGUGCCUGAGCAGGGCAGCAGUGGUGGCCAAGUAACCUUAGCUCUUUUCAGAAGACUGUUCUUGGUCUCCCUCUCAUCCCGCUUCAGCCGCAGUUCUGAUCUUUUUGCCCGUCCAUCAGAGACCUUUCCCACGGUCCCCUCUGCCUUAGCCCUCCACCCAUCUUCCCUCCUUCAGCCUCACCGACCUGCUUGCACUGCCUCCAGUGUUCUCCCAGCUCCAGCUUUAACCUUGGUCUGUAUGGGAUGUCCUGGAAUAUCUGUACAUUCCUGGGACACCCUGCUCCACUGCUUCAUUGUUUUGUAGGCUAUGUGAUCCUUCUUGCUUCCUAUGAGUAGAAUUUUAAUCUCCGUUUUAAUUAAAACUAUUUUUUUUAAUGUGUUGGUGUUACUUGUCGAUGCUUCCUCUGUGAAGGAAGGCUGGUGACCUGACCUCUGUGAGCACAGGCCUGUUGGUGUGUGUUUGCUGACUGCACAGGACCCGUUAAAUCAGCUCUUCCUUGCUGUAAAUGCCAAGACGGGUUGAUAAUUCCUGCACUGAGCAAGAGAAAGAAUGUGGAGGGAAUUCUUCCCUGACACCUUGUAUUGGGUCUGGCUGAGCCCCCAGGGCUGUCUCUCCAACCUCCCCCCCAUCACCAGGAGGCUGGGGUGGACAAGAUCUUGGGAGGGGACAUAGUCAGGACAGGUGACCCAAAGUGACCAACAGGGUAUUCCACACCACGUGGCGUCUGCUCAGAUAUAAAAGCUAACAGGAAGGAGGAGGAAGCGGGGAUGUUCCUUAUUUACCAUGUUUGUCUUUUGGAGUAACCACUCUGCGCUGCGGCCCUGCUUCCUGGGAAGUGGCCAGACAUCGCCCGCCGAUGGGAAGUAGAGAACAUCUUUUGUUUUCCUUCACUUCCACAUGUACAACUUUUGCUAUUGCUUCAUUAAAGUGCCUUUAUCUUGA